UUGUAGGCCAGAUAUAAUCUAUCGUUGUUUUGAUUUCGGGUGAACGCUGUUUACAUGCUGAGGAUAGCAGUUUCCUUUUAGAAUUUGACAAACAGAUUACCAUCAUGCGCGAGUACAAACUCGUGGUUCUCGGUUCUGGAGGUGUUGGAAAGUCUGCACUGACAGUGCAGUUUGUUCAGGGAAUUUUUGUGGAAAAAUAUGAUCCCACUAUAGAGGAUUCCUACAGAAAGCAAGUAGAAGUAGAAGGACAGCAAUGCAUGCUUGAAAUUCUUGAUACUGCUGGAACCGAGCAAUUCACUGCAAUGAGAGACUUGUAUAUGAAGAACGGUCAGGGAUUUGCACUAGUAUACUCUAUAACUGCACAGUCCACAUUUAAUGACUUGCAAGACUUGAGGGAACAGAUUUUACGAGUUAAAGACACAGAAGAUGUUCCCAUGAUUUUAGUGGGCAACAAGUGUGAUUUGGAAGAUGAGCGGGUAGUUGGCAAAGAACAGGGACAAAACCUAGCCAGACAGUGGAAUAAUUGUGCCUUUUUAGAAUCUUCGGCAAAGUCUAAGAUCAAUGUAAAUGAGAUCUUUUAUGACUUGGUCAGACAGAUAAAUAGGAAAACACCAGUGGAAAAGAAAAAACCUAAAAAGAAAUCUUCGUGUUUGCUGCUUUAGACUCUCUUUAAGCAGCAGAUCUGAGCCAGAGUACAGGAAUGAAGAACUGUUGCCUAGUUGGAAAGUGCCAGCAUUCCAAGAUGUAAAAAGAUAUCCAACCUUAAUUUAACAUAUCUGAAGAGGUUCCUUUUUAUUUUAUAUAUUAUAUAAACAAAUUUAGAUCUCCAAUACUGUUUGCACAAGGUUCCCUGGAAAUAAAUCGACUGUUUCUCUCUGAAAACAAGACACCACCAUGUCAACUAUUGCAAUAGUGUUGACAACAGAUGUGAAAAUAAAGAUACUUGACUCCAUUCUGAAUGAUUGUGAAUGCAUUUCAAAUGUUACAUAUUGCUAGAUUAAUUACAUGAUUUUCAUAUUGACUUUCAGAUCCUGUUUGUAGUCAUGCUUGUGUCGAGCCCUAAAAUGUAGCCAUUUAUAGUUUUUCUUUAUAAAUAUAGAUAUAUAAAUAUAUAUAUUCCCUUUAAUGAUCUCAAUGGGGCUAAUACCUUUGAGUCACGGUGACUUCAUUUUAUAUUUAAAUCAUACAAGUUUGUCAUUGCUAUCAUCUUGCCAUUAUAAUUAAGCAAACAUUUUGUGUACAAUGGUUCUGGGGAGGGAUGGUGAUUUCUUUUAUAGGAAAACUGGGAAACUGAUUUCUAUGGAUUUCAAAACUGAAAUAUAUAAUAUACUAAACUCUAAUAUUGCUUCUUGUUUUACUGUCACAGAUUAAAUUACAACUUUUAUGAAUGAUUAAAUUUUAGUACA